UGUGGGGCUUUGCAUUCCACGUCAUUUGCUUGAGAAAUUACUUAGGAAAACAAUUUGUUUCAUUAUUUGCGAAAACCAGUAUUUUUUUACCUAUGUGUCGUCCUGUAGAACGUGUCAGUUUGGGUCGAUUUUAAAAGCGAUCGUUUGGUUUCCACUUAGAAAACAAACUCGGAGCAAUCGAAACGAUAAAGCAAACCAUUGAAGGAUGUUUUGAUCGGAGCACCUUCAGUGCGAUUAUGCGAUGCAAUCAAGAGCCAGACGUCGUCACGGUGCUGAUGAUACGGGUGAUUCAUUCGCUGUAAUUACCAUCGGGUCGGACGGACAACCAACCAGCAGCAGCAGCAGCAGCAACCAGAUACCGGAAGAGCACUACCCCGAGAAGCCCAAGUAUCCGGCACAGAGUGCGGCCAGCAGUUGGUUGCCAGCAAUAUCGCAACGUAUUCUUGCCAGCGUUACACCUGCCGCUGCCGUUGCCAAGGCGGAACCGAAACACGGUUGGCAAGCGGGAGCAACCUCCUCCGAGCAGGAGGUCAUCCGUCCGUGGGACGACGGUGAGGACGAAUUUGGCGGAAAAGAGAACCGGGUUCCCGAAUUCACCAUGACGGCGCGCGAUCGUUCCGGAGAGUUUGCGAGCGCGAUCCGGUCGCUGCAGGGGCGGAACAUACAACGGGCCGUCAAUUUGAAAGACCCGCGGAAAGCGAAGCACAUGCAGAGCUAUGCCGAGUUUAUGAUGAUUGCGAAACACAUUGGCAAAAACAUUGCCAGCACGUACACGAAGCUCGAAAAGUUAACAUUACUUGCCAAGAAAAAGACACUAUUUGACGAUCGACCGGCCGAAAUCCAGGAGCUGACGUACAUUAUUAAAGGUGAUCUGAACUCGCUGAACCAGCAAAUUGCGCGAUUGCAGGAAGUAUCGAAAUCGCAACGAAAGUCCACCAACGGUAGGCAUUUACUUUCACAUUCCUCCAACAUGGUCGUGGCGCUGCAGGCCAAGCUGGCAAACAUGAGCUCCGACUUUAAGCAGGUGCUGGAGGUGCGCACGGAGAACCUAAAGCAACAGAAAACACGCCGCGACCAGUUCAGCCAAGGGCCCAUGAGCGGUGGAUUGCCACCUUCGACGAUGCGAGGCUCCACGCAGGGCAGUUUGCUGCUGCAGGAGCAACAGGACCAGGUGUGCAUUGAGAUGGGAUCGGGCGGUGCCGCGGGAGGCCGGCACAAUUCGGAACGGGUUCCGCUUUUACAACAGCAGCAGCAACAGCAGCUGGUGCUGUACGAUGAGUCGGACAGCUACGUACAGGAACGGGCCGAAACGAUGCAGAACAUCGAAAGUACGAUCGUCGAGUUGGGUGGCAUCUUUCAGCAACUGGCCCACAUGGUUAAAGAGCAGGAGGAGAUGGUCGAGCGGAUCGAUGGCAACCUGCAGGACGUCGAGCUGAACGUGGAAGCGGCGCAUAGCGAAAUUCUGAAAUAUUUCCAGUCGGUCACCAAAAACCGCUGGCUGAUGAUCAAGAUCUUCGGUGUAGUGAUACUGUUUUUCAUCUUUUUCGUCAUCUUCCUGGCGUAGAGUGAAGCGUUACGCUACAUUUUCUCACUGGUUCCGGUUUUGUUUUCCGUCGCUGUAAACAGAUCUUGCGGCGAUCUUCGUCCUGAUGUAUGUUUUCUGUAACGCUCUGGCUCCGUUGGAUGCUGGUGGUGAUAGAUGUAAACGAAAUGUGUAAUAGAAGACGAAGUGUAUUGUAAUCGAAUUGUUUGUAAAUAACACCGAUAGCGCAUGGUAUGUUGUCCCAAGGGAGCAAAAAUAUAUGAAUAC